AUGCUACUGCAUCUCGUCUCCCCACUCCUCAAACCCACCACAUCCGUUCCCCACCCUCGCAUCAUCGUCACCUCCUCGGGCCUCCACACCAAGAUUCUCGCCUCUUCCGUCGCGUCCCUCCCCACGAUCCUCAAGUCCCCCUCGACACUCUCGAUGGAACGUUACCGAUCGACCAAGUUCACCCAAAUGGCGAACGCGCAUUACUGGAAAUCGACGCUCAAGACCCACGACGUCGACGUCGUCGCCAUCUCACCUGGGUUCGUCCCCACUUCGGGCUUGAACAGGGAAAGUUCGGCGUGGACGAGGUUCUUUCUGAGAUGGGUUUUGUGGUGGUUUCCCUUCGUCAGUACGGAUGAACAAGGCAAGUCCGCAGACCCAUGCGUGCAAGCUCAAAAGGAUCAGAGCUCACCGACGUACGCUCUUUCCCCAGGUGGCAAAUGUAUCAGCUCGGCGAUCCCCUCUCUUCUCACUGCCGAGGCCGACCAAGCAGUCGAGGAUCCACCCCUUUCGAAAUGGCUGCAAGAAACCAGAUCCAACGACGGGGUCCUCUACAUCGAUGUCCACGGGAAGCAUAUAAACCCUCAUCCGGCCAUGCUGGAGCAAGGUCGCGCCCUCUGGCACGAAUGGUCCCCUUCGAUCGAGACGAUGCGAGCGUGGUGA